AUGGCUCUCUACUCAUCGGCACCGCCAGAAAGGCCGUUCAGCGAUGCGAAACCCACAUUGCUCGUUGCCUGGUGGAUAACGCUGUUUUGCACCUGUCUCAUCCUGCUACGUCUCUCGGGACGAUACAUUCGAGUGGAAAAGCUCUUCAUCGAGGACAAGAUUACGGCAUUGGCAUUGUUGCCAUUAUAUCUCCGCAUUGCGUGCACUCACGUCGUCCUGUUAUAUGGCACAAACAAUAUUCAGCUCGAUGGUUUGACGCUAUCAUCCAAGGAGAUCGACCAGCGGGUCAUUGCGAGCAAAGUUGUGCUUGCUGGAAGAAUAUUCAAUGCUGCCACAAUAUGGACACUCAAAUUCACCACGCUGGAGUUUCUCAACAGGCUGGCUGGCGCUUCCUCAAAGAAAGUCUACACCAGACUCAUCAAUGUUUUGCGAGGCAUGCUUGCAGCAUCCUUUUUUGCCAUCCUAGUGAGCACCUUGGCUGAGUGUCGACCAAUCUCUCACUACUGGCAAAUCAUUCCGGACCCAGGACCUCAAUGUCGUCAAGGAGUGGCACAGCUCUUCACAAUGGGAGUUUGCAGCGCAGUCAUUGACGCCGUACUCAUCAUAUUCCCGAUCCCAAUCAUCGUCUCUACACGCAUUCCUACACGACGCAAGGUCUUGCUUGCUAUGCUCUUCUGCUUUGGAUUCUUGACUGUUGGCAUCACGAUUUACAGAAUACCCGAGACCAUCAAACAACACGGGGACCAGGUGGUUAGAUCUAUGUGGGCAUCCAUAGAAUUGCUUGCGGCAACCGCAGUGGCGAAUUUGGUAGCUCUGGGCUCUUUUCUUAGAGACAGCGGAGCUAGAAAGACCAAGUUUCGGCCAGGCUACAACAGCAGCGGGACGACUUCCCGGCCCCAAGGCCAAGGGGCUGUGAGAAGCGAUUGGUAUGAAGCUGAAAAUGAGGACCGGGCCAAGUCGGAAGACAAUGGAUGGCAGGACGAUAAACAGGCCGAUACCGCAUUCCAAUCUUCAGCAAACUCUCAAUCGGCCAGUGGUGGUGGAGUUAGCCCAACGCAGAGCCAUGACUCGCUGAUCCAGCCGGACCACGGAUCACCACAGCCUGCCGCGGUCUUGGGCCUUGACACUCCUCGAUCCCCAGAACGCCUGGUGCCCGCUGGAAGGACUAGCCUCCGCCGCAGAUAG